AUGAUCACACCAGCUGCAGAAAACCCUAAUAUCAAAGUCAAUGAACCUGCACCUUCUCCAGUUGGCUUCAAGAAUGUGCCUGCUGUGGAUUCCGUCAAGACACUUACGCUUGAAGGUGAAAUCCCUUUUUGGGUUCAAGGUGUCAUGUAUCGAUCAGGUUCCGGUCGUUACAAUGUCUUGUUAGAUAACGGCGAUACUUUCCACAUUGGUCAUCCUUUUGAUGGUCUUGCUAUGCUUCACCGGUUUGAAGUCGAUGGCGAAACCCAGACUGUCAAAUACAAUUCUCGCCACACGUCUCAUGGUGUUGAGCGCCGCAUUGGACAACGUGACCCUACCCUUUUGACUUUUGGCCCUGAUCCUUGCAAGACUAUUUUUGGUCGAAUGCAAACUGUUUAUCACCAUAUUUCUAAAUUUGGUAUCAAUGCUGCCUUACAAGAAGAGGAUGCCGAAUUCGAUAUGGUCAAUGUUACAAUCACCCCUAAUUUCCCUUUAGGUUCUGCUUUGGAAAAAGAAACGGGUGUAAAGCGUGGUGAAGCUUUGGUUGUUAAAAGAGAUGCAAAUACUUUACAAGUGGUUGAUACCGAAUCUUUGAAACCUCUCAAGAUGUUUACUUAUGGCCAUAUCAGUAAAAAACUUCAAGGUCAAUUAUGUGCUUCACAUCAUCAGUACGAUGAAGAAACAGAUGAAUUUGUGAAUUUCAUGGUCAACCUGGGUCCUUUUCCUACUUUUCAAACAUUUACCCUUGGUCCUUAUUUGCCUUCUGCUUCUGGUAAGAAAGAAGAACAAAUGCCUGCUCCUGAACCAAGGCUUCACCAACCUAUCUGGCGCCACUUGGGAGCUUGGAAGACAUUGGAAGCCUUGAAACCCUCUUAUAUUCACUCUUUUAGCAUGACAAAAAAUUACAUUAUUAUUCCUAACUUCCCAUACUAUUACUCCUUUGGUGGUCUUUCUGCCAUUUAUUACUCAAGCGCCUACCAAACUUUUACUGGGACGAAACAAGACAUACCUUGUAACCAUGUAGCUACUUAUGAAGCAGAUCCUUGCUUUUCUUUCCAUACUGCAAAUGCCUGGGAUGAAGAAGUUCAACUUCCCGGUGGCCGUAAAGAACGCGUGAUCUAUAUGGACUACUGCAUGUAUGAAAACACCGAUAUUGUGGACGCCAGUUUUGAAUUGGGCAAAACACCCACUGGCAAACUUGACUUGGACCUUGUUCAGCCUGCUCGUUUCCGAUUUGACAAGAACACAGACCAUAAGAAAGAACAUCAGAUUGCACCUUCUCAGUUCCGUCGAUACCGUCUUGGUCAAGUCCCUGUUGCCAAACCUGAUGCUAAACCAUGGACUCCUUCUUGGUCAGAAGCUUUCAAUUUCUCUAAAUUUGUUCAGUUCAAUAAGCGUCGUGUGGCUUCCUAUACAGUCAUUGGUCAUGAUCUUGAGAUGCCUCGCUUUAAUCCUCGUUAUAAUCUCAAACCAUAUCAAUACUGUUGGGGUGUUUGUGAGUCUCGUCAUGCACCUUCCUAUGCCUCUGGAUCCGUUGUAAAUGGUCUUAUCAAGCUGGACUUGAACCAUCCUUACUCAGGUCCUAAUACAGACGAACAAAGCAACGCCAAAAUCUGGGACGAACCUGGCUGUUCUUGUGCAGAGCCUAUCUUUAUUCCUCAUCCUAAUGCUACUGCAGAAGACGAUGGUGUGAUUAUGUCGAUUGUCAACACGACGCUCAAGAAUGGUAGUGAAUCUUGCUUCCUUUUGAUUUUGGAUGCAGCAACUAUGCAAGAACUUGCUAGAGCUACUUUGGGCAGUUUUAAUGCAGUAACAUUGCAUGCGAGUUUCGUAGACAAGCAUGGAAGAGGCAUUGCAGUCAAUUAG